AUGGAGAGAUACAAUGGAAAUGAAAAUUGUAUUCUCUGGCAGAAAAGAAAUCGAAUUCAGCCACCAAAACCACAAGGCUACUUCGAGAACGCCAAUUUACGCGAAGCAACAAUAACUACAGAUGGGGAAUUACUCUCUAACCCUUUAAGUUAUGCUUCAAGUAAAAUACCCGAAGCAAUUGAUCAAGUAACACAUGAAUGCAUAAGAUCAUAUGUUGGACUUAUGAAGGCUCUACCAGAUGCUUCUGUACACCGUAAUUUUCACACAGCAGGGUGUGCACUAGGAGCUUUCUAUGGAAAUCCUAGUAUAGAAGUCACAAGUUGGACAUCUAUGCCUGUAUAUGAAGCUAAUUUUGGUUGGAGAAAGGUGAUUCACCUAGGCCCUGGAUGGGUUUUGAUGGAAAAUCCUUCAUUAUUCUAG